AUGCCUGUCGAAAAAACAAAAAAGCUGGAGUUGAUGUCCAAGACAUCAUUUACUAAACAACUCACCAUUGGAAAGCUUCCUAGUUGUUUAUGCUUCCACAUCAAGAGAACCGUCUGGAUGGAGAAUGGAUCAGCUGUGAAGAGGCAAGAUCAUGUUAUCUUCCCAGAAUUUCUGACUAUGGAUCCUUACACAUAUGUAACAUCUGUAAGCAGUCAGGGACUUUGCAGCGUUCUGUUAGGAGGUAGAGAGGCCAAUGUAAUUCUCAAGAAUUCUCUAGACUGUACGGGGACCAUACCUCAACCAUCCUCUGUUAUUAGUCAUAAUGCUACCUCUACUGAAGUUGAGGCCAGGUUAGUUUUAGUUUUGUAUAUCAUUGUUAGUUUUGUAAAAGAAAACUAUUGAAAUGGCUUUGUCUAACUGCUCUCAGAU